AUGGGUCUCUUGACACCAAUCCGGACGGCAGUAUGGGGUGCUCCGGCUGCCACCAAGGCUGAACGUACCUUGAUUCGCAAGAUUGACGUCUUCAUCCUGACAUCCUGCUGCUUGCAAUACUGGGUCAACUAUCUCGACCGUUCGAACUUGAACAGCGCAUAUGUUAGCGGCAUGAAAGAAGACCUAAACAUGGGAGGCGAUGAUCUCAAUGUCAUCAACACAAUCUUCUGGUGUGGCUACUUCGUAGGCCAAAUCCCGAACAAUAUCGCAAUGCAGUACAUCCGUCCUCGAUACUGGAUGACAUUCUGCAUGCUCUCGUGGGGCCUGUUGACCCUGGGCACCGGGUUCGUGCAUAGUAAAGAAGCCAUCAUGGGGAUUCGCUUCGCGCAAUCCUUGUUCGAAGGGUCAACCUUCACCGGCACACAUUAUCUCCUGGGCAGCUGGUACAAGGACGAGGAACUCGGCAAGCGGACGGGCAUCUUCACCAGCAGCGGCCUUGCCGGGACUUUCUUUUCCGGUCUGCUCCAGGGGAGCAUCUACGACAGUCUGAAUGGCAAGACGGGGCUCGCUGGUUGGAGAUGGAUGUUCGUCAUAGACUUCCUCAUCACCAUCCCCAUCGGUGUCUUCGUGUACAUCUUCUUUCCAGACACACCGGAGACGACCAAAGCGUUCUACCUGACGCAAGAUGAAAAAAAAUUGGCCGUGACCAGGCUGGACAACCACUCUGCCAACCACGGUCAUGGAGAGAUCGAUACGACCGUAUUCAAGCGGAUUUUCGGUAGCUGGGAAGUCUAUGGUUUCUGCUUCAUCUGGACCAUGGGAUCCAACUGCGAGAUGUUCUCUUCCAACGCCAUUCUGAGUCUUUACCUGAAAUGGACGGGGGACUAUUCGGUCGAGCUGGUCAACUACAUGCCCAUGGCCGUCAGCGCGGUCGGCAUUGUAUGCACUCUGGUCCUAGGAUGGUAUUCCGACUUCACCAGACGAUCAUGGCACGUCGGCGUGCUGACAUCGUGCACGGCCAUCAUCACUGGUGCCAUAAUGCUGAGCCCUCCCAAUGACGCCGCUCGAAUGUUUGCCCUUUACCUGAACGGCAUCCAAUAUUCAAACCAGACGGUGAUGUUUGCUUGGGCGAACAGACUCACCUUGGACGAUGCUCCGAAACGGUCUAUCAUCCUCGCAGCCAUGAAUACGGUCGCUGUCAUCUUCUAUUCCUUCUGGUCCAUCAGCUUCUACGCAGCAGACCAAGCACCCAAAUGGACCCGGGGGAGUAUAGCCAUGAUCGUCUCCGGCUCGUGUAUGAUGAUCGGAGUUUUCGUCGUCAGGUAUCUGGAGGCAAAGACAGCCAAGAACCACACGCUCGGUCAAGCUAUGGAGGGAAUCGAGACCUCGUACAGCUUGGAGAAAGGCGACAACAAGGGAGCCGCCGAGACCGCGGUUCAAGACGUCGAGUAA